UUGCUGUCGUGAGGGGCCGUAGCAAUCGCGUCUUCUUUGUACCUUUCUCCCAUGGUUUCUCCGCACGUUUCCCGCGGUUGGCUUGGCUUGCUCGACUUCCAUUUCCCGUAUUUGUCUAGGAAGCACUGUAGGUCUCGCACGGCUCUCGUGCUCUCCCGCGAAUUCCCGUCUGGGCGCCGUAGGAGAGUUGUUGCCUCCUCCGCUUCCCGGAGUGUCAUGAAUCUCAGUGAUGGUUAGGACUAAGAUGCGACUAAAAUCGGUGCUUUUAGGCUAGUAUUUAUUACCUUAUCAACAAUUGCGCCCAUUCCCGGCGGGGGCCCGCAUCGCGCCCGAAGAUGUCGAACUCCAAGUCCGGUGAGCAGUGCAUGUGGACCACCACAGGGAUGGUGGUGACGGCGGCCGUCAUUGAUCCCUCCCGCGAUGCUGGUGUGGUCGUCCCAGGGAAGGCCGGUAACGAGGAGACGUACGUGGUGGCCAAGUACGACUACGUGGCCCAGGGCAGCCAGGAGCUGAGCCUGCGCAAGCACGAGCGCCUGGUGCUGCUGGACGACAGCAAGCACUGGUGGAAGGUGCAGAACGCGCAGCGCCAGGCCGGCUUCGUGCCGUCCAACUACGUGAAGCGCGAGAAACCGUCGCUCUUCGACAGCAUCCGGCGCCGGGUGCGCAAGCGCAGCGAGGCCAAGCUGUCGCCGGCCUCGUCGCCCGUGGCCGCAGACGAGCCGGGCGGCGGCGGCGGGGGCCCGGCCGAGGCCUGCGGCACGGCGCUGGUCCGUUACAACUAUGAGGCCAAGCAGGCCGACGAGAUCUCGCUCGUUAAAGGCGGUCGCGUGCUCGUCAUGGAGAAGUCCAGCGACGGCUGGUGGAAGGGCGAGCACUGCGGCCGCCUAGGAUGGUUCCCAUCAAACUACGUCCAGGAGGAAGCGUCCAGCCCAGAUGAGGCGGCCACACCAACUGAUGGGCCUGUGGUGCUGGAGACGGUGGUAGCUCUGUACAGCUUUGCCUCGCAAAAUGAGGAAGAGCUCAGCUUUACCAAGGGCGAGCAGCUCGAGGUGAUAGAGAAGCCAGAGAACGACCCUGACUGGUGGAAAGCACGCAACCAGUCAGGUGACACUGGUCUGGUGCCCAAAAACUAUGUGCAGGUGGUGGUGGCGACUCCAGCGUCGGCAUCGACCACACCCAAGCCUUCAACACCUGUGCCGCAGCCAGCCAUAGCGCCACGGCCUGAGCUGCAUGCCAAGGAGUGGUACUUUGGCAGCAUCUCUCGCUCCCAGUGUGACCAGGUGCUCAAUGACCAUGCGGUCGAUGGGGACUUCCUCAUACGGGACAGCGAGACAAAUGUUGGCGAUCUCUCUGUGUCCCUCAAGGCACCGCAACGCAACAAGCACUUCCGCGUCCAUGUGGAGGAUGGUGUGUACUGCAUUGGUCAGCGGAGGUUCUCCAAUUUGGACGAUCUUGUGGAGCACUACAAACGGGCACCUAUCUACACCAGCCCCAAGGGGGACAAGAUGUAUCUGGUGCGGCCCUUUCGCAAACCCUGACCCCGGUGGCUGACGCUGCCAAUCUUUUCUACGAGGCCAAUCAUGGCCCCAGUUUGUACGCGUCUCUCCUACUUACUAGUCAGUGCCGUCGUGCUUGUCCGCCAUUGUAAGGUCUCUUAGGCCUGGCCCACUCAGGCUGUGCUGUGCUCAACGUCUUGAGGAGUUGCGCGCUGCUGGUAGGAUGAAGAAGCUUGCACCUUUGCUGUUAAGUGCAGGGAGAGGCAGGGGCUAGCCAUGCAUCGCUGGCAGAUCUAGAACUGCAGAAUAGGUUGCAGGAUAGCCAUUUCGAAGAAUGGGUUGCUGCACUGAUGUGUCCCAUGCGCCGUAGCAAAGCCUGGACCCACUGCAGGAGCUCCGAGCAGUGUAAUGUCAUCGCACUGCUCCUGUGUAGUGCAGACACUGCUUCUUAGCAUGGUAUUUUACAAAUCUAAGACAACAGUACAGGUUGUACAAGCAAGUUGGAAAGUAGGUUUCUGAACUGCUUUAGUUGGUCUCGGGCACUGGAAGAAAAAAUACGGAGGUCUUGUUAUAAGGCGAACUGGUCCGGUUGUAGAAGUUCUUACGUGGUUUCAUCCACUACUCUACGCAGAACAGCCUUGGCUGGUCUUGACCACUGCAAGAAAAAGAUCUCUUUCAUCUGCUUUGUUGUAGCAGUUACGCAGGUAAUGACACAUCAGGAGUAUGCAGAGAACAAGCAUGCAUGCCACAGCACAGGUAGUCCUGAGCAUUGCUAUGUGGAUGUACAGUCAACAGCAAAAGUUUACGGGAUGCGGAUGUGAAUUCCUGCGCUGUGAAAGCAUAACACUUCGCAUUUAAUGAAUCACUGUGUAGGUGGCGAAGGCUAUUACAUGCUGGAACAUUUGAUUCGAGGCUGUGUGGCCACACUUCGCGAGAAUUCAGCUUCUUGGCAGAUCCUGCGUACCGUAAACUUUUGCGGUUGACUGUACGUACUGCAUUUCCAUUGCAGAACGGAGCUGAACAAAUUGAGUACUUGAGCAUGUGGCUUUUAGAUGGUUUUUAAGAUGUCUCGUAACUCUCAUAGUACUGAUGCUGGUAUCAAGCUUCCAGAAAUUAGGUAGCAGCACUAUGGUGAAUGUAAAGGGCCCCUCACCAGGUUUGGGCAUUGCAUACAGACACUUGUUGUGUGUAGAGAUCGUGUGGUGAUGAUGAUUAUGCCUGCAAAUUAAUAAUCCUCGACCAUACUAGAGAAAAAACACGAGUGAUGCACCGGCAGUGGCAAAACACAAGACGCAGCUGCCGCAUGGCAGCUUUCCCAUGCCGUGGGAGGGAUUGGUUAUGGACUAAUUGUUUGCAGCUUGCCAUGUGCUGCGGAUGGAGGAGACCAAUGAGAGCGGCCCCUGUAACAACGCUGCAUGGGCUCACAGUAUCAAUAAAUGAAAAGAAUAAUGCUCUGCCUAAAUAGAUAGAAUACAUUUGAGCAUAGGCUGCCUAGAAGCGAGGCAUGCAUUCGUAUUGAAUGACUGCAAAUUACUCAGCAAAGGUCAUUUACUUUGUACAUUCACUUGGGAACUCUACGCAACAAAUGCUGGUCUCCUGCAGAAAAAUUAUUGCAAGCAGUUACCCUUUGCUUUGUCUCUUCCUCGGAAGUCCAAAGCGUUGUUCAGAAUCUUGAAUAUUCUAACAAAAACAAAUACUCAACAAUUUCGAAUGGUGAAUUCUUGAAUCUAACCAAAUAGCAAGCACCAUUCAAUAGGCAUUCGAAAUUUCGAGUGUUCGCACACCUCAUGUCAUAUAAAUCAGCUAAUAAUGUCUUAAAUGUGAAUCAACAGGAAACAGGUUUACAAUUGAAGGAUACCUGUGAUAUACAGAAUGCACAGAUCCACCUCUGAAAAUGUACCACGCAGCGAGAAAGAAAAGAUAUGGGAGAUGCCAGGGUGGACAGAAGUGGAGCAGGUCAACUCUUGGCCUUGAUAUGGGAGAAGGCAGGAGAGGGACAUUAUUUGCAGGAACUGGCACUCUGGUCGAGGCAACUGCAUGCAGUGAGGGUCUCCCAUACCUUACUAUGUUUCUUUGCUUCUAUACCGCCUAGUACUGAACCUUGCUAUAGAAGGCUCGCCAUAAAGCCCUUUAUAACUCCUAGUGUAUAACUAAAAUUUUCGAUGCAGUCUGGUGAAGGGUCACUUUAAGGUCACGUGAGAAGUGCAAUUAAUCAAUUUUAAAUGUCUCGGGGUAUUUGUUGCUUUCUGAAUGAGCUUGUGCUGCUGGCAACCUUGCACACUGUCACAUGAUGAUGUGGCAAAUACAGUGCAGCCUUGGUUUGCUUGAGAGAGAAUACCCUCACAACACAACAGCAGAACUAAUGUACCAAUAAGCAGGAAUACCUUUGGCAUUCAGAAUAAUUUUUUGAUUGAGCACUUUUCUUAUCAGAGCCUGCGUGCAGCCAGCUGAAAAACGGAACAAAUGCAUUGCAUUUCAUGGACACUGAACUAACCUUUAUCCCAUGUUUGACAGCAGGAUGUUUUCGUAUGUCUCUCCUGCCUGAUAAAUGACAUAGGCAUUGAGUGUUUCUUGACCUCCUCAUGUCUCCUGACAAUCGUGCACUAUGAGGGAGAAACUCUAAAAUCUGUAAACCUCCCUCAACACUUUUCUACAUAUGCAGGCACUUUGUACCAUGGCAAGUAGACUUUGUCAAGACCAGUGCAUGAAGUGUUUUAUACGUAUUGCUGCCUCUGGAUUUCUGUCAAAGUUCUGUAUACCGUAAGCCUGUGCAGUCACCCAUACUUGCCCAGGUAUGUAUAAUACAAUUGCAAAUCAGAAGUGGCAUUUGGCAUACUGAAAUCCCAUGCAUUAACAAAAGUAAGUUGUCAUAAUGUGACCUGAUGACCAUGCAUACAGCAACCUCAGGCACAAGCUUAGAAAAGCUGAAACUGGCAUGCACAAAUGCUAGUAGAUGGGCACGUGUAAGCUGUUCAUUGUCUACAGUCUGUCCUUAGCUGCUACCAAAUGCCUGCGAGCAACAAGGCCCAACGUGGGCCCUUGCCCUGCUGCUGCUGUUGCACCACUUUGCACCCCAGUUGAGUUGACAAAUCUACUUGAGGUUGUGUGGGGUUGCCUUUUUUCCCCCAUACCUUUGAAUCCUGGUAGUUGAGCGUGGUGCUUCAAAUAAAAACAAAUGUCGUAUUCCUAGCAUCAUUUCAGGUGUGCCCUGAAAACCACUUUUAAACAGGAAAUUACAAGGAAAAGAUUGUGUGGUAAAAGAAUUUGUGCAAAUGCAGUAUCUUGCACCUGUUGCUUAGUAAUAGACCAUUUGCUGUACAUUGAUGGCAGGCAGUGAUAUCCUGCUGUUAUUCUGUGACAAGGAAAUUUCUCAUGCCUGCACUUGAAGGCAUAAGUCAACUCUGUAUCUUGCAAUAAUAUGCUACAGACCAGAUUUUUUAAGGUGCUUUCUGCUUGUCAACACUGUUGGCGCUGAAUUAUGAUGGUGUCAGUUUACAGACUAUAUUUACAGUUCGUCAUAUUUAAACCUUGCAAAUGCAGCACACUUGCAAGUUAUAGUCACUGCACUUCGUGGUAACUCACUUUCCGAGUUGCGCUGCUGACACCCUUACAAAGGGGCACCUAACACCAUGAAAUCAUGUUAGGUAGGUAUAUAUCCUCUCAACGCUGUGUAUUCUUUCUUUAUUUCUCAUAUAAAGGUUGAUCUUUAAUGGAAAAAAUCAAGGCUAAGCUUUGCUUUUUGUAUUGAGUGCCAAAACCACGGCACCGGUGAUGUUACAUCGUGGACUUUACCGUGUUUCCUUGUUUCGGUUGCCGAAAGCUGCCAAGUUGCGCCUUUACUUGGUACUUUUGAAUGCUGUCCAGAUCCAUGACAUCAUGGUGAGCUGGUGCAGAGAUCUCAAGGUGGCAUCUCUGCCACUCUUCCAUUGCUUUCUGCCUUACUGAACCUCUGUUCUUGCCAAGGCUGGCUUACUCAAUCUUCCGGAAGUGUAACUCUGGUAGUUAACCAGUCUAGGUUAAUUGUUCCAGCAUUAGGCCCAAAGUGUUUCUCUCAUGAAGUAAUUAUGGUGCAUGUAUUAGAACAGGCCUACUUUAUUCUACUUUAUCAUAUCUAUGUUCACGGUGUGUGGCCGUGGGUUCUGAUGGUGCCAUGAUGUCGGUAGCCCUUGCUGCUGUGCUUGGGUAUGAAGCAGCCCUGGGUCAACUGUUGAGGUUAGCCAUAUUGCAGGUGUUUUCAACAUUGUUUUCUUGUGUUCUCAGUGCACAAUCUACCACACACUUCGGGAAUUCAUCUCUUUAAUACCACGAGAAAAAGUUCAGGAAAUAAAGAAUUGGAUACUAAGUGGCUUGUUGAUAGGUGAAGAAAGCACGUGUAACUGUGGUUGCCUCUAUUUAGUGCUAUAGAAACCUGCCAGGAGCAGUGCAGUAGCGGCAGCAUGGUGAUGUGUCGGUCUGUCCCCAGUUUCACGCUCAGUGUUGCAGUGGUGGCAUUACGUGAGCACAGCCGGAGCAGGCCAGUCGGGGAGAUCUGUGUUCCCCUCCCCACUCUUCCCCUCCCCAACCCCCUCUGCUGCGGCAGCCUGAACAUUCCACACAAAGGUCCCACAGGCUGCCAAAGGUGCAGUGUGUGCAGCUAGAGGCCUCCCGCUGCCUAUCUUAUCUGCCUGCUCGUCUAUACACCACGAGGCAGCGUUCAAGGGUGAGGCAAACACACAAAGCUCUCUUAAAAUGCUCUAACUGCAUUUACGAGGCUGUCUUAAUUUAUUUGACGGAUUGUAUGAUGGGGCUGCGUGACAUGGUAUUGAUGAGCAAAGCAUGUGAAUGAGUAACAUUUAUUUUGCUCUGUGUGACUUGAAAGGGUUUGAUGACUCUGAAUAAAAAGUACAAGCCUCUG